AUGCCAAGUAUGAUUUCUUCACGGACGAAAGUGAAACAACGCCACAUAUAUUGGAUGAUUUCAUAUAACAAUCUGACUCCCCUAGAAUUCUUUCGUUUUAUCACGCUAACACAUAAAUCCCGUGCAAUUGAAAAGUACGGAAAAUGUCUUGAUAAGGCUAUUGAUUUCUGUGAGGACUCGGGCAAACAGUCGAAACUAAGAAAUCUCAAAGAAACUGUUAAUAUGUCAAUUCGUGAUGAAAUUCAUGAAACAAAUGUGGAAGUACACCGAGAAUUAAACUCCCUUGUCAGGAAUGGAGGAAGACAAAAGAAUAAUGAAAAUGCCGAUGAUGAAGAAGGUAGUAACAAUGAUAGCAUCAAUAACGAGGAAGAGGGUAGUAACAAUAAUGAUAGCGCUAAUAACGAGAACGGCGAUAACAGCAAUAAUGAUGGCACCAAUAAUAAGGAAGGUAUUAAAAGCGACGAAGGUGCCGACAGCAGUAAUAUGAAUGAGGAAGAUGAAAACAAGAUAAUCGUUUAUGAUAUUCUUGAUUGCGAUAUAUCAGCAACUCAGGCUGAACAAGACGUUCUAGAAAUAUAUCACUCAAAAUUUAAUAAUUCAUGGACCUCCGGCUACAUUCAGAAUUAUCUCUUUCCUUAG